GGCGGUCGGGCGCAUGCACUCAAAGUGAAAUUAGAAAAGAAUCGUGGACAGCUGUACUAGCCGUCUGGAGGUUUUGUACAGUGCCGCUUACUGACACAAUGUCACUGCAAAGGUGUCAAACUGAAUGGGAAGAAAUUGACCAAGAAUAUCAACAAUUACAGGAAACUCACAAAGUGUACAGACAGAAGCUCGAUGAGCUCACCAACCUCCAGGCAACAUGCAGCAGUGCCAUUGGUAAACAGAGGAAGGGUCUAAAAGACCUCCAGCACAGUCUGCGCAAAUGUACAAAAACAAGCGAUGAGAAAGAAACGGAACUGAUCAAAGACAUCCAAAUGCAAAUGAAAGACAAAGAACAUUUCUUCUUUGAUAUGGAAGCCUAUUUGCCAAAGAAGAAUGGAUUGUACUUAAAUUUGGUCCUUGGCAAUGUGAAUGUAACACUCCUCAGCAACCAGGCAAAAUUUGCCUACAAAGAUGAAUAUGAGAAGUUCAAGCUUUGUAUGACAAUAAUCUUGACGUUUGCUGCCAUAACCUGUCUCUUCUUGCUCAAUUACCGUGUCACAGAUGAAAUCUUCAACUUCUUGCUGGUUUGGUACUACUGCACUUUGACCAUAAGGGAAAGCAUCCUCAUGAGCAAUGGGUCCAGGAUUAAAGGGUGGUGGGUCUCCCAUCAUUACGUCUCUACCUUCCUAUCAGGUGUAAUGCUUACCUGGCCAGAGGGGUCCAUGUAUCAGAUGUUCAGAAGUCAAUUCCUUGCCUUCUCCAUUUAUCAGAGCUUUGUGCAGUUUCUUCAGUAUUACUACCAAAGUGGCUGCUUAUACAGGUUACGAGCUUUGGGGGAAAGAAAUCAGUUGGACCUCACAGUGGAAGGGUUUCAGUCAUGGAUGUGGAGAGGGCUCACCUUCCUCUUGCCAUUCCUCUUCUUCGGCCAUUUCUGGCAGCUGUACAAUGCUUUGACCCUGUUUCGGUUGGCAGGACAUAAAGACUGUAAAGAGUGGCAGGUAUUUAUGUUGGCACUGACAUUUCUUGUCCUAUUCCUGGGGAAUUUUCUUACCACAUUGAAAGUUGUUCACCAAAAAGUCCAGGAAAACCCAGAGAAAGUGCAAAAGCAAGAGUGAAUACGAGUCUGACUACAGCUCAGACUCCCAAGUGGCCAGUAACCAUGAAGCAAAAUGGCGCUGACACGCACAAUCGAUGGAAAUAUGGACUGCGGAGGGUUUGUGCCAGGAAAAGACUGAGUGAAGAGACCGAUGUGUCUCAGCCUUGAUGACAGCUGCAACAUUAACCAAUAACCUUGGCUGAAUGUGCUUUUGUUUCCGAUAGUUUGUCGUUGUCCUUGCUACACAUGCAAUCACAACACAGAGCGGCCUUCUUCUGGCAGAUGAACCACUGCGAUCCUGGACCGUUUGAGGCUUGAUCCUGUAGAUUUAGAGUAAUUGGACAGACUGAUUCAUUAUGGUGUGGAUGUGUUUAGGUCGGAGCAUGAACUACAUGUACAGAGAGCCACUCUUCAAACAAUAUGCAACUAAACAAAGAGGGGUAGCAUUAGGUCAUGAGAAGAGGUUAGUUUACCUACGAAGUGUAUGUACUGUCAAUACUUCACACAGCUGUUUUCAUUAUGGCGUAUUUGAAAACAUCCAGGGCACAGCAAUUUUCACUGUUCGCAACUACAAGUGUCUGUCGUUUGAUAUGUUUUUCAGUAAAGAUGCAUUGAACUAUAUAUUUCUCCCGGUGUGCUGUUUGAAAGUAAACCUGUUUCUUUUCUCUGGAUAUUGACAUGUUGAUGCGGGUCCAUAUUAUAUAAAUAAGUAAAGCCUGCGUUUCAUUUCAGCAAUGUACCAGCCAGGACUUGUUAACUGAUCAUAGACAUUUACAAACUUUAACAGCAGCCGUUUACUACCAUUGUUUGGGUUGAUUUGGCAACCAUAAAUUACACAGCCGUUCUAUUUUUUUAAAUAAUUAAUAUACUAAUGAUACUGACAAGUCAAGGUUUUAUUUCCCUUCUGUAAUGGUCUGCACCUUGUUAAACUGAGUGCCUGGUGUUGCAACUUCUCACAGUGGAUUCAGCAUUAAGAUAAAAGUCCAUAUUUUAAAAAUCCUGUAAUCUAGUUCAAAAUGAUAACCCUUUCAAUUAAUGAUUUAUUUGAGAGACUAGUCCAAUUCAGGUUGUGCAAGAAGAUACUGGUUGUUUUGAGUACUUUGAGCAAAUGAUUGGGAAUAAUGUCUUCAGCACAAAUGUGCUUGUGGGAUCAAGUUCUAUAACUCUGCUGACAUACUGUAUGUAUUGUAACGCAUAAACUCUGCACUGAGGCAAAAUCUCAUGAGCUUGUGUAUCCCUUUUCAGCAUCAUUUCAUUUUGAACUGUAGUAUUAGAUCUGAACAACUUUAGUACUUAGUGACAAGGCUCUAAUGCCGUAUCUCACCCUGUAGCCUUUCACAAUUUCUUGAUGUAUUUUUUUGUACCAUUUGGAAUCAAGUGUUCUGUUUGUUAUUGAGAAAAUCUAAGGUCUUGGAUAUUAGUCUUGUUUCCAUAAAGAAAAAAAAUCCAUUCUACUCUUGAAGGGAACCACUCAUUUUGUUAUACUUGUAGGCAAAAGCUGAAGCAUGUUAUUGACCAUUAGACCAACAUUCUACAUUCAGUUUAACAUCAAAACUGCCACAAUGCACUACACAACAGCACCUAUUUCCUCAUAUGUUGUGGUAUUGGUUUCAUGUCAUGGAUUGUCCCAUCAUAAGACUGUACCUUGUGCCUGAACAUACAACUGUAACGAGACACGGGACAAAGUUAUUUAAUUUAUUCUGUCUCUUGCUGCAUUUGCACACUGUGUACAUUGCUGUAAGAAAAAACACAUCUGAUUAAAGGAUGUUAUGAAAGAGCCAUUUAUUUACAUUGA